UGACAUAUAUUUAGAAAUCAAAAUAAAGCUUUAGGAAGAUCUUCAAUUUAAUUGAAACUAGUCUAGUCAUUUGGGAACCACAAGAGCUUUUUAGGGAAAAUCUGCUUCUGUAAGCUGGAGGAAGUGUGGGUGUACUGGAGUCCCGGUCACACCUUGUGAUGUCAGUCACCCCCAGGCCGCAGCUGAUUGGCUGGGAAGAGCCGAAGCAGAGUUUAAAUUCCUGCACCAUCAAAGAAGUGUUCAGAACCUCAACACAAGAGUGGCUUCAUUGUCACAGAUUUCCUCUGUGAGAACAUCAGCCUGAUUGUUGAGACAUUUGGGGCAAAGCCUUUGUGAAACUGAAGAAGGUAGAGGUGACAUACCCAGCAAUGAAGACCAGCAUCCUGCUUAUGUUCUUGUGGGGAUUGUCCUGUGCUCUCCCAGUUGCCAGGGAUCAAAAUACUGAAUCUAAGAGUUCUGAAGAAUGGAAGGGUCAUUUGGCUCAGACACCAACACCACCUUUGAAGAGAAGUGAGUCAUCAGAAGAAAAUAAAGUUAGCUCAGAGGAACAGGUAAAUGAAGACUCCAGCGACAGCACUGAAUCAGAGGAGGGCCUGGGCCUUGAUCAUCAGCAAUACGUUCAUAGACCAGCUGGUGGCCUUUCUAGGAGUGGAGGGAAAGAAGGAGAUGAUAAAGAUGACGAUGAAGACGAGAGUGGAGAUGACACCUUGGCUGAUGAUGACAAUGGCCCAGGACCUGAAGAGAGGCGAGGAGGGAACUCCCGACUCGGAAGUGAUGAGGAGUCCUCUGACACCACACGAUCCACGGAGGAGAGUGUCCCACAGGGGGAAGACAGCGCCCAAGACACCACCAGUGAGAGCAGGGACUUCGGCAGUGAGGACGAGGGGCCCAGCAGGCCUGAGGGAGGCGACUCCACUCCAGACAGCGAGAGUGAAGAGCUCUGGGUGGGAGGCGACAGUGAGGGGGUUAGUAGCCACGGGGAUGGCUCUGAGUUUGACGAUGAAGGAAUGCAGGGUGAUGGCCCGGACACCUUCAGGAGUGAGAGAAGCAAUUCCAGAAUAAGCAGUGCCAGCCUCAAGUCAAAAGAUUCGAGAGGGAACAAAAAGGAGCAAGCAAGCACUCAGGAUUCUGGUGAAGGCCCAUCAGUGAGGUAUCCCAGUAGGAAAUUCUUCAGAUCGUCUCGCAUCUCCGAGGAAGAUGGCAGAGGUGAGCCUGAUGGUAGCAACACAAUGGAAGAAAGCAAGAGUGAUUCCACAGAACACCCCGGCUCCAAAGAGGCUGGUCUCAGCCAGUCCAGGGAACACAGCAAGAGCGGCUCUCAACAGGAGAGCAAGGAGAAUCGGUCCCCGGAAGACAGUCAGCAUGGCCAAGACCCCAGCAGUGAGUCUAGUCAAGAGGUUGACCUGCCUUCUCAAGAAAACAGCAGUGAAUCUCAGGAAGAGGUAGUGAGUGAGUCCAGGGGUGACAACCCCAAUAACGUUACCAGUCACUCAAAAGAACAGGAAGCUAGUGACUCCAGUGAAGAGGACAGCUUGGAUAAACCCUCCAGUUCAGAGAGCAAAUCCAGAGAGGAGCAAACUGACAGCGAAUCCAGUGAGAGCACCAGAUCCUCGGAGGAAAGCCCGGAGUCCACUGAAGAGGAGAACAGUUCCAGCCAGGAGGGCCCCUGGUCUCCCAGCACCUCAACAGAGAGCCAGAGCCAGGAAAGCCAGGACAGCCCGUCUGAGGAAGAGCAGGGCAGCGAUUCUCAGGACAGCAGCAAAUCAAAAGAAGAGAGCAGCUCAACCGAGAGCACAUCAAGCAGCGAGGAAGAAAUCCAGUCCAAAAACACUGAGAUGGAAAGCAGAAGAUUAACAGUCGAUGCUUAUCACAACAAACCCAUCGGGGAUCAAGAUGACAAUGACUGCCAAGACGGCUAUUAGCGCGGGCGCUCCUCGGUGCCUCUCUCACACAGGUGUCUUGGGGGCUGGAGACUAGGGAGAUCAUUAUAACUGUAAUUUAUUGAUGUUUGUAUCAGAAGAAUAACCAGAGACCAUUCCUUUAUGAAAGGAAAUACUGGACAUUAUACUUCUUUCUAGGAUGUCACCAAACCAUAGAGGUUUCAAUAAGGGGGAAUUUCACUAGAAUACCCUCAGUGAGACCCGAAGCAAGGAAAGAUGUGCAUUAUAGCUUCACAGCUGAAAUAGUUCCUAACUCAUUAACCUAACACACAGUUAUUGAGAUUCCGUGAGGUACCAGGCACUGUGCUAGGUGCUGGGGAUAUAAAGAAGCUUCAGACUUGUUUCUUGCUCCUGACGAGCUUCUGGAGGGAUAAAUAAAGCUAAAGAGGGAUACAUAUGACGGAAGCAAGAAUUACUACUAUCCAGUGGGGUGAGUCCUAUAACACAGGUAUGAACCGAACAUAUGGGAGCACAGAGCGGGGACCAACUUUGCCUUAGAGAAUCAGAGAAGGCUUCACAGCAGAAAAGACACUGGAGUUGGAGCAUUGCAUAGGAUUUCUCCAUUUAAGACAAGACAAUUCUAUUUAUUCUUGGUAUAAGCAAUAGAAAAUCCUGUAUGAAUAUUUAGUUUGUGAAAACACUUUCAAAUUAUGGCACAGUGAGGUGUUUUGGAUAAGUAAAACUUAUUUUUUCAAUUAAUUGAUCCUUUUCAAUGUUUUUUGUGGAACUCCAGUGAGAAUCACCUCCCUGACCACUGGUGAUGUGGAGGAAUGGGUUGGGGAGCGUGGAACAAGAAAAUUCCUCUUUAAAUAGACAAUUUUCAGCUUAAUUUUUUCUAAGAUCAGUCUAUGUGCAAUGUUAGAAAACCUGUUCUCAGAGUCCUCUGCCUGUGUUGCACGUAGCAAAAUUGUGUGUAUAGAAUUCAAUUGAUUUUUGCCGAAUACCCUUUGAAAUGUUACCUCAACAUAAAAUAUUUGUUUUGUAAUAAAGAUAAUAAU